UGAGUGUGAGCGUUAGCAUACAUUUUAGAUUUUACUAAUUGCAGCACCCUUGCGUUUCUCAACUACGCAUAGGCCGCGUUCGUUCGGAAGAAGGGAAGAGAGCGAUAGAGACCGUUCUUCGUUCUUUCUUCUCUCCCUUCUUCUUCUUCUUCUUCUUCUUCCCUUCCGUCUUCUUACGAAUCUAUUAAUUGCGCUCCACUUUUCUUUCUCUAUCAGAUAUCUCAGAUCCGAUCACCUCAUUCUCUUUCUUUCUUUCUUGCGGUUCCGAGGUUGAUCUCCGACGACCCCGGCCUCGUCUAGAUCGGGGGGGCGACGAUCCUUGGUUUAUCGACAAAUCGCGACUGAAUUUCGACAGGAUCGGCCGUUUAUGGCGUCCUCGGCACCUAGACCUGGCUACACCGGCCAUCCUCAGGGGCCGCCCGACGCUCUAGCCGCGGGUAUUCAGAACCUGUACGUGACUCGCCCUAACGCGCCGGUUACACGUCCUCCGCCCUUUGCCGGCGCCGGAUCCUCCCCAAUGCCCAUCGCUCGCACGGACGCACCUACGUACGCUCCUCCUCUUCGGGGCGUGUCGCCUCCGCCGUUUGUGACGGGGAAUAUUGGGCCUGGUCGACCGAUGGGGUUCGCUCAGCCGCCUCCUCGGGCCGCGUCUAGGCCGGGCCCGUUCUCCGCUUCGCCGCCGUCAAGCGGUCCGACGGCUAUAAGUAACGGACCAGCAGCGUUUGUGCCUCCUGGAUCUCGAUUUCCUCCUACCGUGCAGGGUCCGCCUGGUUUGGCGCGUGGGCCUCCGCCGCCACCCGGCGUACGUCCGAUGGCUGAUAGUCAGAACGUUCCCGGCAUCCUGCCGCAGGUUCAACAGUCUCGCGCCCCAUUUUUAGGUGGCAGCCAAGGAGUACCGGGUCCAAUGAUGCAGCCCCAGGCGACGCCGUUCGUGGGCGCUAGUCAUGCUUCAGUUGCCCCACCGAUGCAAGCAGCCCCAGCGCCAUUCAGCGGUGGCCAAUCUGGUUCACCCACUAUGCGGCCGCCUGCACCUCCGUUCUUGGGAGCUACUCAGAGCGUACCGCCGUUGAUGCAGGCACCUCCAGCACCAUUUAUGGGUAGCAGCCAACCUAUGCCACCUCCCAUGCAACAGCCUCCUCCGCCAUUUGUAGGUGGUAGUCAAGUCAUGCCUCCGCCACCACCACCCACGUCCUUACCGUACGACUCCCAACCAUGGCCGAGUCAGCUCGCUCAGACUCCACAACCGCAGGCACUUCUGGAUAAAUGUAAGGGCGGAUGCAUUCAGUGGAGGAGUUGGAGCACAAGUCAAAGAUCUAAAUAGACACAGGGUUGCCCUUUCAAGCAACCACACUUUAGGAAUUGUUUAUUUUAAACUAGUAGCAUCACUCUUGAAGAACCUUUUGACUUGUUUCUAUUUGAGGUAGUAAAUGUGCAUUGUUUGGUCUAACUUAAUAUCUGUUUGUUCCCUGUGUUCGAUCUGUACUUCUCACUUAUUGGACUCUUAGUUUCCUCAAACUGCACAAAACUGCUAGUUCCACCAGUGAUUUUGCAGAGGUUAGGGACCGACUUUUGUAUGGUUUUUGGGUCAAAGUUGGGUACUGUUUUGUUAUGGAUAUAUGUCGAUACAUCAAUUUAGUUGAUUCUUGGUUUUACUGUUCAAUUUGAUAGAAGCUUUUCCAAGAAUUGGUUGUUUGAGACUGAAACACAGAGGGAUUGGUCUCACUCUGAAAGGACCAGGGUUAGAUCUGGACCCAUGAAGAUGACAGACAUGCUGUUGAAGCAAUUACCACCUGAAACCAGCUCGCCUGCUCAUCUUGUUAACAGUUAACUAGUGUUUCUGCAGUAUGCUUACAACAUUACACAAAAAAUCAAAGAUACUACUUGCACACAAAAUGGUCAAACAUAGAACUAUAUUUGCUUCUAGUUUACAACAAAAUACUUGGAUUGGAUUUUGGUGUGCUAUGCAUGAUCUACAGGUUAUUGGAUGUACGUGAAGUUCAUCCAACUCUAACUCUUUGUAGGUACUGGGGGCCAAAUUGGAGCUCUAUAGACGAGGUCGUUGUCAAGCUUGAAUGUUCCAAUGAAUGGACCAACAUGUAGCUACUUAGCAAUGGCUUGUCUAUUGGCCAUGCUUUUGGUCUCCCUAGAGUAUUAUGCAUGCAUUCUUUUUAGUUGGCAUGUGUUGUUGCAUUUAAGUUUCAGUUGUGCUGUAUUAUUUAUUAACUAUAUAUAUUCUUGAUAGGUGAUCAAUCUUGCAAAUGCUCCAUCAGUUGUUGGCAAGCAUUUAGACGAUGAGUGUCUCGAAGAUUUCAUCAAAGGCCUUAUUCUCUUUGUUUCUUCUUUUUUUCAUGUUGAGAGGAGAUUUGCAGAGCCGCUGGAUGCAAGCCCAUCCUUGCCGUAUCUGAUCUUCUGGAACCCAGCCAAAUUCUUGCCUCUUUUUAUGAAGCCGCUCACAUGGCUCAGGAAGUGGUGUUUGAAGCAUGCAAAAGUUGCAAGGAGAUGGUGUUGAAGGAGUCCUUGCAUAUGCACAUGGUUAUGUGGGUGGUUCUCCAUUGGAGUGUUCCAGUAUGAAUCAGAAUGAGAAAUGGAGCCUAUGGCUGUUAUUAGUAGGUGAACUGGCAUGAUGAGGAUGGUCUCUUCAUUGGUCAUCUGAAUCAGAAACAUCCGGAAAGAGAAGCUUCUCUCAUAACUGGAAAAGAUGCUACUUGCAUCCGCAAACAUGAUUUUCAGGCCAUCAAACGGCCCCAUAAUGAAGAUGUAAAGUUUGUCAAUGCAUGCAAAUCAUUCCCUUUAGUGGAGAAGUGCUGAAGUUUGCCAACGUUUGGAACACAGUCUUGAGGUUCUUGGAGUUGCAGCCUUGAGGUUCUUGGAGUUGCUGCAAUAGAAGAAAGGAAGGUGUUCCUGAAACAAUCGAUCUACUUCGGAAGGCUGGAAUCAACUUUUGGAUACUUACUGGUGAUAAACAAAAUACAGCCAUUCAGAUAGCGCUCUCUUGCAACCUAAUUUCUCCUGGUUAGUCAUGCUUCAUUCUUCUUUUUUCAGAAGCCCAGGUCACUUCUUUCUCUUGCAACUCUCUCUCUCUGAGAUAAGUUUGAAGGAAGCUUGUUGUUGUAGCUCAGAGAGACAAGAAUGUAGACGAAGAGGACGAGUAGGGAAAGACUUUAGAACCUCCUCUCUCUCCUUCAUGCUUCCUUUUAUCAUCCCCUCCAGGAUUCUGUCGUUCACCCUUGUCGCCAGCUCUACCACUUCACUUUAUCCUACCUCCCAUCUGGACCAUCCCUGGUGUAAAAUACUGUUUUGAAAUUGCUAUCUUUCAACAAAUAAAUUUUAUACAUAACAUGAUAUUAA